AUGGCCCUGGAGUCUGAGGGUCUUUAUCAUGCCACCCUCGCCAUUGCUGCCAACACCUUAUGCCUUUCUGAUUCGCGAUAUCGGUUACCCGCGCUGGAACACCACCAUCGUGCUCUGAUUCAUCUCAAAGAGCUAUUGGGCCAUGAAACAUGGGGAGAGAAAGAGCUGGAUGAGAUGUUGGGACUUGUUCUGAUGCUCUGCUGGUUCGAUAUUUCGGAUAAUAGUAGGCCGUCAUGGGUCACUCACCUCAGUGGAUUUCAAGACUUGAUUCGUACACGACAAGAACGACCAGGCCGUUCUCUUCAUAGCCAAGAACUAUCAGGCUUCUUCAACCGCUACUUUGCCUUUCAUCUUGUCCUUGCUCGUACAGCAUUUCGAGUCGAUAUCCCGAAUUACACGUUACCAACGUCACCGGACUUCAUGAUUGAAUCUCCCGAUACCAUUGAUCCAUAUAUGGGAUUCAGUCAAUCUCUCCUGUUACUCAUCAACCAGGUCACUGAGCUUGCUUGGAGUAAAGAGGACGACCAGAUGAAUGUAUUUCCCUCGACAGUGCUUAUACUAAAGAAGGAUCUUGAAGACAUCCAGCAAAAGCUCCCGAGUGAACAGAUUCAUCCGACCACAGAAUGUGCUUCGAUCGCAGAAGCUAACCGGCUUGGAGCACUCCUUCUCUUGCACGAGACCUGUUCACCGAAAGCAGCAUCUACCAACAAGCCCAGUCUUUCAGCAUUUGACCCGGAAGAGAAGAACCAAUUUGUUGAAAGGAUAUUGAAUCUCAUUAUGGAAAAGAAGGCUAAUAUGAUGCGUACCGCGGUCUUGCCAUUAUGGCCCUUAUUCUUGGCCGGCUGUUGUGCUCGUGAGGAUGAGGAAAGAGUAAUUGUACUGCAGCUUUUCGAGGAGCUAAACGAAAUUCGACGAUUUGGGAACAUUGCGCCCGCAAAAAAGGUGGUUGAAAUGGUGUGGCGACGGCGAGAUUUAUUGGCUAAUGAGGGUAGACGACAGAGAGUCGAUGCUCAACCUGAAAAGGACCCUCUUCGGGGUGCUCGCUUUGCCUGGGAACAUGCAAUGGUGAUGCUGGGAGAUUGGAAAUUAAGCUUGACAUAA